AUGCAAUCGUAUAGUGGUAGUAUUGAUAUGGGCGUGACAGUAAAAGAUUACUUAUUGAAAUAUCUUCCAAAAACGUACUUAGACGAUGGACAUUUACGUUUAUUCACUCAAUAUGAAAAAAAUUAUACAUUUCUGUUAGCAACUGCAAUUGAUCACAUGUCAAUAGAAAAUGAUGAUCACAAGAAAAAAUAUUAUAAUAAAGAAAUCGAUAAUCAAGGUAAAGAAGAGAAAAAGACUAAUUUUCAAUAUUUAUCAAUAAAUUGGAAUGAAUCCAAUUCGGAAAUAUUACAAAAUAUCGCUCAAAAAUUCGAGAUUAUUCAAGAAUGUAGUUCAACUAUAACAUUUUAUUUAACAUUUCCAUCGUAUCCUGAAAAAGAUUUAUUAUCGAAUUUCUUAAAAACAUUUAAAACUACUUCAAUUACAUCACCUUCUUCAUUUUCUUUCAAUAAUAAUGAUAAUUUAUAUUAUCGUAACAAUAUCGAUCCAUCAUUUUUAUCUUUUGUUGAUAUAUUACCUUUACCUAUUUUUCAAGAAUUAUUACGACAAUAUUCUAAUGUUCGAUUAGUUUUAUGUGGUCAUGGAUUAGGAGGGACUGUUGCACAGUUAUCAACAUUACAUUUAUUGUCUAAAGAAGUCACUUUGCAUCACGCUAAACUUCGAAGUAUUUCUGUCGGAUCAUUAUUCUUUGCUAAAGAAGAAACAAAAGCUUUCAUUAACAAUCAUCAUUUAGAAAAACAUUUUAUAAAUAUUCAUCAUGAAAUGGAUGCAAUACCAUCUUUAUUUAAUAUUGUCGGAGUUUUAUCUAAGUUAGCAUUGAUAAAUGGGCAAGAAGAAGGAACAACAUGGAAGAUAUUCGAUUUUUUAAAAUCUCUUCUGUUUCGUGGAGGUAAUCAAAUUGAAAAGCAUCGAACUCAUGUUGAACAUAUAUUAGCUUGGUUAUGUCGAAGUUUAAUUGUUCGAUAUCCAGUUUUUUCUCAAAAAAUAUGUGAACCUUCUACUAUUCAUACAACAUUAGAUUUAUUAAACAAAUCUUUAGAUUAUGCUCAAAAGUUUUUAAACGAAAAACAAACACCAAAAUUAAUUUAUCAACCAAUAGGUAUAUUCAAUCUUAUUACUUUCCAAAAAUAUGAUCAAACGUGGCAUUUAAUAAAUGUUGUCAAUGAAAAAGCUCUAUAUCAAUAUUUAAAUGAAACUCUGGAACGAUUAGGUGGAUCGGAACAUAUAUCUCGACGUCAUUCUAUCUCAUCGUAUGUUAUGCAUUUGAAACAAUGUAAUAAACAAAAAUCAUCAACUCAUGUACAAACUUUAUCAAAUUUGGUUGAAUCAUUUUCCAAUAAGGAAACUAUAAAGACCAAAUUGAAUUAUUCCAUUAUUAUGCCUCUACCAUUUCGUUUUUCUAAUCAUUCUUCUAUUCAAUUUCGUUCUGGUGCAAGUUAUAUGAGUAUGAUUGCAGUACUUCCAGUUUUUCCUUCAGAAAAUUCAACAAAAUUUGAUUCACAAUUCAAUAAUUUAAAAAGAAAAUUUUUAUCAGCUAUUAAACAUCGUACUAGUCUAUUGAAACUUGGCUCGGAGAAUAAUCAACAUAUUAAAAAUCGAAAAUCAUCGAAUACAAUAAGUAUUUAUGAUAUUUGUUUAUCUAUUUAUGAAACAUAUGGUAUGGAUGCUCGAAUGGAACUAAUGAAGCUUCAACUAGAUCAAAGAAUGCUAGUUCCGAUCUUAGUGUCAAACAGUCGUACUUCUUCAUCAAUUUCUACGCUUCCUCUUUCACCAUUUUUCCGGUCAUAUAUCAAAACUUUAAGUUUGGUUGAAACAGCUGCACUUCAACCGGAAGAAAACAUUUUAUCCAUGGAUUCUAGAUUGUUACGUAUUGGAUUAGUUUCAACAGUUCAAAGAAAAAUAGGUGGAUUACCUGAUUUAAUACAAAAUGUUUUUCAAGUAUCAUCUAUUCGACAGCAUAUACAAGGAAUGGGUACAGGAAUUAAUGCACAAAUUGUUGUUGAAACUGGAUAUGGAUUUUUACCAAGUAGUACGUCUUCUUUAUCCUAUCAACCGGUUAUAUUAAUUCAUAUCAUAGGUGAAUAUCGUCCAUUAUUAUCAUUUCUUGCGCAAUACGUUGAUACAUUAAUUGUUGAAUACAAUGAUGAUGAUAAAAAUUUUGCAUCCUUUGAUUAUGAUCCAGUAUUAAAAUCAUUACGCGUUCAACGAAUAAUGAAAUGGAAGCAUACGAUAGAUGCUGAAUUUUUUGAAAUUAAUUCAUCCGAUACACCUUAUAUGGUAGAUCAAUUUGAAGGAAGUGUUACAGCAGUAGCUCCUGCAUAUCAGAAAUAUUUGCUAGAAAUAGCAUCCGACUCAAGCUCUUACCUCCGUUCAACUAUACCAACGAUGUUACUUCGACCUCGGUUAAUAGAUCUUAUCAAAGAUGUAGAAUUGUUUACUGAUGAUGAUAUACCAAUGCUAAAGACAGAGGCAUUAUUCAAAGAUGUCGAUGUAGCGCAGUUAAGAAAAAAAGAGUUCCAAUUGCAGCAUAGUUAUAAGAAAGAAGCCGAAAGUCAAUUAGAAAUGGAUAAUCCAGCAUUACAGUUAAAUAAUGCUCGUAUAGAAGAAUUAAAAGAAAGUAUUCGUGACGAAAGACAAAUUCGAUCAAAAGUGUAUAAAAAUGUAGCACAAAUUCCUAUUUUAAAAUCUUAUAUUUCAUUAAUAGCUCAACCUAAUGAUGAAAUACGUUAUAUCCAAAAGCGUCAAUUUGAAUUUGCUUUAUCAGAAUAUAGUGAGAAAACAUUAUCAAAUUUGAGAAAGACACGAGAUUCAAUGUUUAUUAUAAUGACAGAAGCAAUGAAGGAAGCUAUGAUGGCAAACAAUGACGUAAACACACUUUCGACAUUGAAAGAAAAAGAAAAACAAGCAAUCGAAAACUAUCAUAAAGCUAAAAAGGAUUUUAUUGAUACAUCUCUAGUUGUUGAACAUCUUUGGCGAGAAAUGUCUCAUUUAUAUAUUGUUGAUAGACUAGAAUAUCAAGAAUUUCCACAUUUAGCUGCUCAACAUUUAAUGGAUGGUUUUCCAUUAGAAUUAUUAGAUGGCGAUUCAAUGUUAUUAAAUAUUCAAUGGAUUAAACAUGUAUUCGAUGCACUAGAUAACAUACUAAUGGAAGAAUUAGGUCGGCAAGGUCGUAUAUUGGUGUUAUCUAUUUGCGGUCCUCAAAGUUCUGGAAAAUCUUCUUUAUUAAAAACGAUGUAUGGUAUUCGAAUACGAUCUAGCGUUGGAGCUUGUACUCAAGGUGUCAAUAUGAUGUUAGUUAAAGUACUUCAUCAAGAAUAUGAUUAUAUACUUGUAUUGGACACAGAAGGUUUAAGAGCUCCAGAAUUUAGUUCAAUGCCAGGUGCUGAAAUAAGAGAUAAUACUUUAGCUACAUUCGCUAUUUUACCUGCGGAUGGAACUAUUUUACUCAAUAAAGGUGAAGUUAAUCAAGCUUUAGAAGAUGUUUUACCUAUAGUUUUAUACCUAUAUGCAACUAGUUCAUUAUCAUUACAACUUGGUGGACAAAUACCAUCGAAAUUAUUUUUUGUUUAUAAUCAAAUCGAUCCAAGUCAACCACAAAAGGGAAUCGAAUUACUUCAAGAUUUAACAACUCGUUUACAUAAAGUAACUGAUAAAAUAGUUCAAACGGUGUCUUCUAAACAAGUACCAUUUUAUGGUUUUGAACAAUGUAGACUUGAUUUAAAAAAUUUAUCAAAUUCAGAUUUUCGGAUUCUAUCUGUUAAUACUAAUAAUCCGCCAAUUAAUCAUCCAGUCCAUUUAUUUGGUGAACAAUCUUUAUAUUUACGACAAUGGAUUGAUCUAAGAAUUAUUAAUUCAACUGAUAAUCGCCCAUGGCAAGCACGAUUUCUUCCAGAUAUGGCUAAUUAUUUUGAAACAGUGAGUGAUAUGAUUCGUCAAGCUCGUCAUAUUUCUAGUGUAAGUACAUCAUUAGAAAUUUGGGCUAAUAAUAAAUUAAAUGAUCAAAUUGAAAAGAUUAAACAUAAUAUAUCAUCAAUUUAUCAUACAAUUAGAAGUGAAGUAGAAAACAAAACUAUAUCAGAAUAUAAAAAUUCUUUAGAAAAAUCCAGCAGUUCAACAUUAUCAUAUACCGAAAUUGAAGAUCUUAUUGAUCGUGCACAUAUUAAAGUAUUAGAAAUGAUGGCUAAUUAUACAGUAAAAGCAGAAGAUGAAAUACGUAAACUUAUUACAGGAACUAAACGUGAAUUGCAUCAUUUAGAAGAUUGGGAAUCUUUUAUUAUCGGAAAAGAAAAAAGUAGUAAAAAGAUUUUAGCAGCAAAAAUUGAUCGCGAAAUAACGAAUUUUGAUUUUUAUAGUAAAACAGAAGAGAAAAUUCGACGAGAUUUUAUCAACGAAUGUGAUAAAAUAAAUUGUACUGAUCUGACAAAAGAAGAGAAAGAAAGAAUUUUUGAUAAUGUUCUGAAACAUCGUACCCAAGAAGCUCAAGAACCUUAUCAUCGUGUAUUAGAUAUUCCUUCUGCAAUUAAAGCAAUUUAUAACAAUACUGCAGUUAUUCAAGGUGUUAAAAUAUUUGAUGAAAAUGAAAUUUGUCAUACUAAUGGUUCUUCAAAACGAUUUUCAAUGAAAGAAAAUGAAUUAAGACAUAUUCAAAACAAUCAAGCUGAAGAAGAAAAACGAAAUUAUAAUUAUAGAAUAAUCAAAGAAACUAAAAAAUUCAAUGAAGCUGUAGAUGAAAUCAAAUCGCAUAUUUUUGAUUUAGUAACCAGUGCUAGUCAAUAUGAACCAGUUAUUGUUAAUAAAGUUUUAGAACGUAUUGAUGAUAUCAUUGACAAACGUCAAAUUGUUUUUACUGGUACAAUAAAAAAUAUACAUCGCGAAACUUAUUGCUAUUUAGAAUACAAAUUAAACGAACUGCAAGACAAAUGGAAUUUCAAUCAUAACCGUACAAGACGUUUAGAAGAGCGUCGUACUGAAUUACAGGUCUUCUUUGAAAAAGUUGUUGAAGGAGUACGAGGUAUUAAACUAUUUGAAUUGAUGAUUUAUGAAAAACUUAAUAACUCAUGGCAAGAUGGAUUUAUUGAAAGAUUGGUACAAGAUGUAGCAGCUGACGUUGGUAAAUUGAAAUGGAUUGGCAAUAGUAAUAUUCUACAAGCUUAUAUAGAUAAUGAAAAAAUUCACAUACUAAAGAAGGAUGGCAUUAGAACGUUAUUAGAUCAAAUUAGUUCCGCCACGUCUUUUUAUGAAAAAUGUACAGAAAAGUUUGUUCAAGUUCAUGUUGAUGAAUACGCAAAGCAAAAAUGGAGCAUAUUCUACAAUGAUACGAUGUAUGUUAUUACAAAAGCUGGAGAUGAAGCAAAAAAUAGUUCAGACGAUCGUCUGAAUAUUUUUCUUAAAACUUUACAUAGUCCGAUUUUACCAUCUUUAAUAACUUCUCGAUUACCGGAUGUUGUCAAUAACAGUUUGUAUGGUAAUAUUGAUAGUGAAUCCAUUUAUAUAUUCGAAGGAAUAGUCAAGACAUUGAAAGCAGCAGUUCCAAAGGAGCCUAUAUCACUGCUAAAGAAAAACGAAACUAAGAUGGUUUUGAAUAAUAUUCAAGAGAAUACUGGAGAUGCUGCUAAACCUCGAUGUAAUCAUGCCUGUAGAUUAUGUGGUGCUCCAUGUUUUAGACAUUCUGGUCAUGAUGGGCAUCAUGAUUUCCAUCAUCAACCAGCGGGAUUGGCAGGAAUGAGAUCCAAGCAUACCCAUCUCAUCGUACAUGAAACAUGUCAUGAAGCGUUCAUGCGAAAUAAUACGUUUAGUCUUAAUGGCGAUGCUGGACCCUUCUAUUCAUACACAGAAUUUCCAAAAAGACUUCAGUAUGAAGUUCCUGUCUCUGCAAUACAAAGAAGCAUAUUGGGAGAAUAUUUAAUGAGUAAAUAUCACGACGAUAUAGCUGAUUAUUAUCAUAUCAAACAUAAUCCAAAAGUACCAUUUGCAUAUGAACAACAUACAUUAGAUAAUAUUGAAGAUGGAAUUAAAAGAAAAAUGGAUACAACUGGAUGA